AUGGGUGGGAUCUCAGCAUCGAUGUACGCGUCGCGAAUUGAAAACGCCGAAGCUGUUUUUUCUGCGCCAACAAAGGGGUCAGAGUUGCUUGCCUCAGUUACUCAAGAAUGCGAAGAGGCAGCAGAUAUAUGCAGCUGCCAGCCCUAUGAGAGCUGCACUUGA